AGGGAAAGCGGUCUGAGAGAAGAUUUUCAGCUGAACUCCCACUUGUCCACACUGGCCAGCAUCCACAAGAUCUACCACACACUGCACAGGCUGAAUCUGACCGAGGACGUUGGGCCAGACACUCACGCCACAGCCUGCUGCUCCCGAGCCAUGCCCCCCAGGAAAAAGAGGAGGCCCACUGCAGGAGAUGACCUGUCUGCCAAGAAGAGCCGCCAGGACAACGUUUACAGAAAACAGGAGCCGUCACAUAUUCAGGAGGCCGAGGCUUUUUCCAAUAAGAGAUGUCUGGAGUGGUUCUAUGAGUAUGCAGGUUGUGAUGACGUGGUUGGACCAGAAGGCAUGGAGAAAUUCUGUGAAGAUAUCGGAGUGGAACCAGAAAAUGUGGUGAUGCUGGUGUUGGCCUGGAAGCUGAAUGCCCAGAGUAUGGGCUACUUCACCCUGCAGGAGUGGCUCAAGGGGAUGGGCUCAUUGCAAUGUGACUCAACUGAAAAACUCAGGAACUCUCUAGACUACCUGAGGUCUAUCCUCAACGAUGCCACCAGUUUCAAGCUUAUUUACCGAUACGCCUUUGACUUUGCCCGGGAGAAGGAUCAGAGAAGUUUAGACUUAAAUACCGCCAAGUGCAUGCUGGGACUUCUUUUGGGGAAGACCUGGCCACUGUUUCCUGUGUUUAACCAGUUUCUAGAGCAAUCCAAGUAUAAAGUAGUAAAUAAAGACCAGUGGUGCAAUGUUCUAGAAUUCAGUAGGACCAUCAACUUAGAUCUCAGUAACUAUGACGAGGAUGGAGCCUGGCCAGUGUUGUUGGAUGAAUUUGUGGAAUGGUACAAAGACAGAGAAAUGUCAUAGCGACAGCUUCUUUGCCUCGACCACCGACAACUAGAAAUUAAUCGACAACAAGCACCAUGGCGGCAAAGACAGAAAUGGCUUAGAAACAACGGUCCACAAAGAAACAAAGCAUAACAAACCUGAACCGGCUGGGGCAAUUUGUAGGUGUCCUGCCAGUGAAGAGCGUAUGUGCGUGUUUGUGAAUGAGCGAGAGAGAGUGAGAGAGAGCGAGCGAGUGAGUGAGUGUUCUGUAAUGCACCAGUUCACAUGUUGCCCUUCUCACCAUUCUUAUGUGAGGGUCACCACUGGUGAUAUGUAGGAGAAACGGCACCUCGGCCCUAAAUCCCCACCUGAUGUCCUCCCCAACAUGCAGUGCAUCAUGGGAAAGCACACAGCCAACCUCAGUGCCGCUCCCUCCCACCCUACUGUGACGUGUCAUCUUACUGUGAAUGUUUUAAUGGGUGUUAAAGAGGGUUCAGAUACCCAACAUGCCAGGCUAACUCGAAACUUAUCCCCCUUUUUUAUUCUUAAGGCUCAAACGUAAGAGUGCUGUGUUGUACUCACAGGGCCUCAUUUAUCAAAUACACUCAAGUCAGGACAGAUAUGUGGUUCGGAACGUAUCAUUCAGAAGCAGCUUUCAUCCUCUGUUGCUGAUGAAUUUCACCUGAAGGCAUGGUGGUCAAACACUGGACAUUCUCCUGUUUGUUAUAUUCUGUGGUAAAACUUUACUAGUUUCAGGAGACAAGAAUAUACAGGCCUGCAAGAGAAAUAAUUUAUAAAAAACGAAUCUUCCUUUGAGUUACAUAAAUCCCAGACACAUUUAUAGCUGAAUUGUGAGCUAGAAAUGAAAUAUGUCAUAAAUGGACCCUUCUUUCAGAAUAUUUUGUAAGUGUUGGAUGGUUUUUUCAUAGUUCAGAUUACUCUGAGACCAUUAUAAUAGCCAAUAGCCGUAAAAUAGCCACAUUAUUUAAAUUAAUUGAAUUUAAUAAUGAUGCUGUGUGUCAUUUUCUGCUGUUUUCCCAACAGGAAAAAAGGACAAGCAAAACUGUGUAAUGUUUGGUCAUCAUAUGAAUGAUUGCUGAGGAUGAAUUUUGACCUUGCACAUAUUUGAUAAAUGAGGCCCACACUCUGAAGAGAACAGGUUAUACAGUACUGUGCAAAACGCAGAGACGAUCCUCCAUUUAUUUAAAUUUCAGUCAAAAUGGCCAUUAAAUUAGUGUGCAUGUAUCAUGUACACAGAAGCCUGAACAAGUACAUAGAUCACAUUUUUCAGUAUUCAGUCUAUCCCACUUUUGCCUUUACUACAGUGUCCAUUCUUUUCAGCACACUUGCUUUCAGGCUUUUUCUUUAAGAAAUCUGCAGGGAUACUUUUCCACGCCUCCAAAGUUCAGUCUUCGAGGUCGGUUGCAUUUUUUUUGCUUCUCUCAUUUCGAGUAAUCCCAUACACAUUCAGUGAUGUUGAGGUUCUGAGAACACCAGCAGCUUCUUUAUUUGCUGUCCAGAAUUAUUCUUCCUUUUCUCUGGAAGGGCUUCUUGACAGCUACACAUCCUUUCAGACCCAUAGUGUUGAGUUGUUUCUCACAGUGGAAGGAUGGAUGGAAGCACUUGAGACCAGAGUGGAGCUUGAUUUUUCUCCUCUCUCUCAAAGAUAAAAACUUUGACUACUGUUUACUGAGUACUGAUGGGGACAGUUUUGGGGGUCUAGCAGGUUACACAGUUGUUAGGCGUCCCGUUUUCUCCAUAUCUUUUAAACUCCAGUUUCGGAAUGCCCUGUUUUUUCACCGAUUAUCCUUUGACUUGCCUCUUCCUUAUGUAAUUGGAUCAUCUUAUACCCUGACAGCCUUAGAAACAUUUCUUGAACAAUGAAGGACUUUUACUUAGUGGCCAUUUUGACAGGAAAUGAAAUAAAUGAAGGGUGGUCUCUGACUUCUGAAUAGUAGUGUAUGUAUCUGUGCAUUGAGUUGGUUCGACUGAUCACACUUCUCCUUCUCUUCAUUUCUGAAUGACACAUAGUUUACCUAUGUGUUUUCGCUGGCUGUCAUGCUUCCAGCGUUGCCUAUGGUGGUCUCCAUACUGGAGGAAGGAUGCCAGAGCAAAUUAGCAUAGCUACAUUGUGUACAGUGUCUCACUGUGUAUGGGACGCCCCACAUGCAAGUGAGAGUCUGAGGACUCCCUCUCUCUGUACACCAGAUCGCUUCUGUACCUCUUUAGCACCUGGCAUUAGGCAUGAAACUGCCUUUAAAGAUUAGACGCUAAAGACGUUUUGUGUCCUUCGCUUGUUUUUAUAGUUGAUUUAAUCGGAUAAGUUGACGCUGUUCAUCUUACCAAAACCUGUAAUGACUCGAAAAGACGAUAAAGCAAAAUGAAUUUCAGAUGAUCAAUACGUCAGAGAUCUGAUCAAGUGCCAACAGUGAGAAAAUGGUUGUUAUUAAAUGACAAUUGAGUUAAUUAUGUUGCCACUCUUCGUCUAUUUGUAGGCCUGCUCCAUCUUCUAGUUCUUGUGUUUUCUUUUCUCUACUGUGGCUGGUGAUUUGAGACAGCAUGGUGAAAAGGAGUAAAACUGCUGACAGUACAUAAGCGAGGUUAACAGUUAAAAACAGGGAAGACUUGCCAAAAGUAAGUCUUGGAUCCUGCUCCCAGCAUGCUCUUCUCUGGCCACCUUGGGACUCUCUAGCCACAGAUCAUAAGCGUUAAAUUUCAUUUUUCGCUUACUCUUCAUGCUGCUUUCACUUUGGGGAGUCUUUGAGACUCAGAUGUGUUAUUGUCCCUAAUCGAAGGACAUUUUCAUUGAAUCUUGUGUGAUUAGUGACUUUAGAUUGGAGACAUUGCUGCACCCAUAGACUUGAUUUAUUGCCCUCCGGUGGCGUCUGUGUGGGUGCAGACUCCAGUUGAGGCCGAAGUCCAAUAGAUCUCCCUAAAAUUGACCGCUGCAAGCAUAUAUUCUCCAUUUUCCAUUUCCAUUUUCUCCUCCCUUUGUUCCAAACAUGUGUUCCUUGAACGGUUACUCAUGGAUCACGUUAGGUAAAACAAUUUAUGGAGACUCUUGAAAUGUAAUAAGCUUCCACAGCAAAGACCUUAAACCCAUAGUGACUGUUGCAUAGCAACCACUUAACACUCUAGUUACAUUUGUAAAAUGUUCUGUUGUCUCUGGCUGUGGUGUGAAGCUAACUUGUCAUUGGAGUGAAACUACGUGUGCAUGCAUGCUCCCAUCAGAGCUGUCUGUGAAUGAAUGAGUCUUUCUUUCCUUUAUUUUUUUUGUUUGUAAAUUUUAUGGUUCUUUUUUUUUUUUCCUUUUUUGUACAGGUAUUUGUGAACUUGUGCUUAAUUUUUUUCCACAGUCAUGCAGUCUUAAUGCUUUAUGAAAAUCAUGGUUGUGUGACGGUAUUUAGAGCUUAAACACACUUGUAACCUCAUCUGCUGAGAUGUUCCUCUUUGCAUUACUUUACUCUCCCACCAUUUUCACCAAGUGCUGAACUCCUAGACGUCAUUGUGGCAUUUUCAGUUUCAAGUGCUGCUCAUGUCACUUCCAUAAUAAUGACUGAUGAAUUGUUUUUUUGUUUUUGUCCGUUUGCUUUCUGACAGAUACACAAUUUAAAAAUGUUUUCCUACAUUAUAUGCAGUCCCUCCCCUUGGUUUCUACAUCCUUUUUUUUUUUUUACUUUAAAAGUUAAUUACACUAAUGUUCAUGGUCGCCAUGUUGGUCAGAAAUACAUUAAGGCAAUAAAUGCAUAAAAACAUGAUGCAAAUAUAUAGAUGACCACAAGUAAUUUAUUUAUUUUUUUUUUAUUAUUACUGAUAAUAAUGAACCUUCCUUGCAGUACAAUGAAAUGAGAACAGAACCAGAUGUCUGUUUUUUGUCUGCUUUUUUUGGGAAUUGCAAUUACUACACUACAUGAUUACAAUUGGAAAAUCAGACUGGGGAAAAAUGUGAUGCGAUGAUCAGACGUUCAUAAUAAUGGCUUGACUUGAAUGCAGUACAUGACCGGAAUAACUUCACCUUUCUAUGUUUUUCUUUUCAUAUAUGAAACUGUACAUGUAUUAAAGUGCUGAACAACUUGUGUAACCUUUACACCCCUCUAGAGGUAUAACAUUCUUGGGUUUAUGGUAUUGGUUGUUGAUGCUUACAACAUUUGUUCCUUUUACAGAGUUUACCAGGACUGAGGGAUAUCAGGUGGCGACCCCAAAUUUGUGAACUGUUAAGGAAGGGUUAAAUGUUUAUGCUAGAUUUAGGUACAUAUUACCAAAUUUUACGUGAAACGGCAACAAACUCACUGUGAUGUGCAUGCUAGUUAGAGACCAUACAGUCUAACAUUGCCAUAGACACUUUUUGUAGGUUCUUUCAUAUAGCUGUCUGUGCCUCUGAACGAAGAAGGGUCUGCUUUGAUAGCAUGGUGGUUUGAAAAGAAGAAGCGGAUCUCUUUCUUAUGACUGUUGUUUUUGGUGGGAACGUUGGCUAAUGCAGGAGGCUGAACAAUCUCAUCUGACUGUAUAUAUGUAUGGAUGUGUGUAAAUGUGUUUGUUUUCACUGUAACCUAUCAACAUUCAGUAUAUAAAGGGGUUUAUUAACGA